CCUCCUCCAUCACUCCUCUCUCUCUUUCUCUCUCACUCCAUCCUGUCUUUAUUGCUGGUCGACUUCCUUCUUGCGUUGCUACGGCGAUGCUCUGGGACAGCUGAGCUGGAUCAUUUUGCAGCCGCAGUGCUGGAGUGCAGAGCUCAACUGUUCGCUGUGAAGGAAGUCGUCAGCGUGAUCGACUGAGAGACGCCGUCAGUCUGCUCCUGCUCUUCAACUUUUUAAAGAACACCACACUUUGUCCUGUGACCUUUAACCCCUCUGCUUCUCCUGACGGAUCAGAUCACAGGUCAUCAUUUUGGAUUGGCCGGGCUGUCCUGUGACAUCACAGGAAGUUGGAUGAAGUUCCACUGAACCCGGCUGUCAUCAGCGUCGAUGUUUUCACAACUCCGUCAGUCUGAGAGACGUCCGGACGCUUCACAGAGACCAAACUCUACUCUGUGAACACUCAUAUCAACACUUAAAGAAACCCCACCUCCUUCUCCUCCUCCACCACGCUGAGAUGAACGAGGAGGUGGAGGAGUUGCAGCUGCCUGAGGAGGUGCAAGAGGCUGAGGGGCAAGAACUGCAGGGGAAGGAGGAAGUGCAGCAACAGGAGAUGCAGCAGCAAAGUGAGGAGGUGCAGCAACAGGAGGGAGUGCAGGAAGAGAAGAUGCCCCAGCUGGACGUAGAGCAGGAGGAGGUGGAGUCUGAGGAGGUGCCGCAGAAAGAGGAGGGGCAAAAUGAAGAAGAGGUGCUGCAGGUGCAGGAGGAGGUGCAGAGUGAGGAGCACCAGCAGGCUGUGGAGGUGCAGGAGGAGACACAGAUUGCGGAGCACCAGAAGACUGAGGAGGUGCAGCAGGAGGAGGAGGAUAUGCAACAGGAGCAGGACGAGGUGGUGCAGCAGGCUGAGCAGGAGCAAAUGGAGGAGGAGCAGCAAACUGAGGAGCUGCAGCAGACGGAGGAGGAGGAGGAGCAGAGGCAGGAGGAGGAGGUGCAGGCUGAGGAGAUGUCACAGACUGAGGAUCAGCAGACGGAGGAGCAGCAGCAUACUGAAGAGGAGCAGCAGUCUGAGGAGAAGCAGCAGCAGAUUGAAGAGGUGCCGACUGAGGAGGUGCAGCAGGCUGAGGAGGUGCAGCAAACAGAGGUGAAGCGUAUUCAGGACUUUGAGGACGCUCUGGAGCAGAACCACAACAACCAGGUCCUGAUUCGACUCAGAGGGAUGCAGAAGUAUAAAAGUACAUCACAGAGGCUGAAGGGGGUCCUGGAGCAGAUGGACCGGGGUGUCGUGGACCUGCAGGAGCUCCGCAGGAACCUGGAGCUCGCUGCUGCCAUGUUGGACGCUGUUUACACUGAUGAGACCAAGCGUCUGCUGGACACCGAGGACGAGCUCAGCGACCUGCAGGCGGAGUCAGUGCCCAGCGAAGUUCGUGAUUGGCUGGCAUGUACCUUCAGCAGGAAGAUGGGCGUGGCCAAACGUCGCCCCGAGGAGAAGCCAAGAUUCAGGAGCAUCGUCCAUGCAGUGCAAGCUGGGAUAUUUGUGGAGAGGAUGUACAGACGGACGUCCAACAUGGCUGGUCUGACCUACCCUCCCACGGCUUUGACAGCUCUGAAGGAAGUGGAUCAGUGGUCGUUCGAUGUCUUUGCCUUCCACGAGGCCACCGGAGAUCACGCCCUCAAGUUCCUGGUCUACGACUUGCUGACCCGCUAUGACCUCAUCAACAGGUUCAGGAUCCCGGUGCAGGCUCUGGUGCAGUUUGUUGAAGCUCUGGAGAACGGCUACAGCAAACACAGGAACCCCUACCACAACCUGAUCCACGCCGCUGAUGUCACUCAGACCGCACACUUCCUGAUGCUACACACCGGACUGAUGCACUGGCUCAGCGAGCUGGAGAUCCUGGCGAUGGUUUUUGCUGCAGCGAUUCACGACUUCGAACACACAGGAACCACCAACAACUUCCACAUCCACACCAGGUCAGAGGUGGCCAUUCUGUACAACGACAGGUCGGUGCUGGAGAACCACCACGUCAGCGCCGCCUACAGGCUGAUGGCAGAGGAGGACAUGAACAUCCUGGUGAACCUGAACAAGGACGACUGGAGGGAGCUGAGGGCUCUGGUGAUAGAGAUGGUGAUGUCCACAGACAUGUCCUGUCACUUCCAGCAGAUCAAGACCAUGAGGAACUCCCUGACACAGACACACAGGUCAGUGCUGCAGCCGUGA